GUUCUCCAGAUUCCAAAUAUUUCUGUUCGUUGUUCACCGCAGCGUGCUGCAACACUCCCUCAUCAUUUCACGCAGCGAGCACGACCUAACCGAUCAUAUGUGUCGUGUCUUUAACUGAUGGUGCAUCGUCCGCCAGACUCUCGUCUCCUGUCUAACCUCAUAGCACACGAAAAGGAGUAUGCCCAAACAUCUAUCCGCUCUUUUCCCCAUAUCACCUGCUGCUCUUGCAUCUCUUUCUGCAUUCGCAGUUGCCUCCCCUUCCGCCAUACCCAGUUCUUCAGUCUCCUUUGCCCAAACUAUUGGCACCAUCGUUGAUAUCCUCACCGGCGUGGACGAUGCUCUCCAGCUCUACAAUCGGGCGGUCAAGAACUGGCACGACCAGCUUGGCUCUACAUCAUUUACGUCUCUCCCUUCUACCAAUUCUACAGCACAUAGCGCUUCUACCACUAAACUUUUGCAAGCUCAAGAGGAGCUACGCGCUUGCGAGGCUCAUUUAGCCGCUAUGGAGCUGGAGCUAGAGGGACUUCGGCCUUUACCUUCUCCCGCGCUACCUCUCCAUGUCACACAGAGCCCAAUAUCCUACUCUUCUGACAUUUCCUACCUCACGCUUUCUCAAAGUGCUUCGCAACAGCACGAUGGGCCCUCUCGUGGGACUAGCCAAGAAGGCGUGGUUCCUGAUCGUCCUAGCUUCAAUGGUCAUCAAGAAGUGACAAUCACCAUUCCUCCUGUGCACGCCAUCUCAGAACUUACCAUGCCCACUGGCGUCCGUUCUCCGUCCCCUCUCAGCAACCCCUUACCCGAGAUAUCAACAGACCUCGAAGCCCAUCCCCUCCCGCAUAGCAGCAGUACUUAA